GGCGAGGAUCGGGGGCGGGGUUACGGGGUGGAGGCCAACGGGGGUGGGCAGGGCCCUGGGGACCCCUUUAGCACCUGGAGACCUCGUGCGCCGCGCUGGGGACUCUGUGGGCGCCUUUGAGGCCUCCUGGCGGUGUCUGGGAUCCCGCAGGCCGCAUUGAGGACUCUGUGCAACCCCUUGAGGACCUCUUAGGCCGAUUUGGAACCCCUUUGGGUAACUCACACAACCCUGGGGACCCUUGGGCCAUGAACGCCCACCCGGUGGACACCACGCAGCCCGAGGAGCUCCCGCUGCCCCCUGAGCCCCUUCCCACACAUGUCAGGGGGAUCGGUGUGGAGCAGCAGAGCACCCAGGAGGAGUGGGAGGCGGUAGAGGAUAUCCAGUCAGUGCUGCUGGGGAGAUCAGCUGGUCCUGUGCCCCUCAUAUCCUUCAACGAAGCACUGCAGUUCUUCCAGACCACAGACCUGUCCGAGUGCAGGAAGAAGAUCCAAGCGACAGUGCACAGGCAGGGCCUGGCUGCUCUGCUUCACUUCCUCUUUGGGCCCCCCCGGCUCCAGCAGCAACUGCAGGGCGAGCGGGACCUGGCUCUUGCCAUUGCUCAUUGUGGCUUGGAUGAUAACCAAGCAGUGCACAUGAGAAUCCUGCAGACCAUCUACAAGAAGCUGACCUGCUCCCGGCUGGGAUGCCCACGCUACGGCACGCACUGGGAGGAGCUUGGCUUUCAAGGUGCAGAUCCAGGGACCGACCUGCGAGGGACAGGGAUGCUGGGCUUGAUGCAAAUGCUGUACUUUGUGAUGGACUCUCAGACACUGCCUCUAGCUCUAGAGAUUUUCAGGCUCUCCCGGCACGAGACACAGAAUUUCCCCUUCUGCAUCAUGUCUGUGAACAUCACUCGCCUCGUGCUGCAGGCCCUGAGGGAGGAGUGUCUCUCCAGGGAGUGCAACCGCAGGCGGCAAGUCAUCGCCGUGCUGAACGACCUGUAUGCGGCGGCGUUCCUGCAGCUCUACCGAGUCUGGAAGUCACAGCACAAGACCAUCGCUGACUCUGGCUUCCUCCUGAAGGAACUGGAGUUCUCCACCAAAAAGAAACCGAAGCAGCUCCUGAAAUCCUUGGAGACCUAUGUGAGCAGAAGCCCAGUGUCCACAGCCGAUGGCAUCCAGCAACCAUCCCCUCUGUCCAUCAGCAGCAGCCGGGCUGGUGAAGAGAUAAACUUCACAGGCAUUUGUGACCUACAGGUUGAGCUGGAGGGAGAGGCACGGCUGAUCUGAAAUGAGGGGCUCAGUGCUGUGUGGGUAUGCAGCAUGGGCACUGGGAGGGGAGCUGGGGGCCUGGGCAGUCAGCAGAGUGCUGCAGAGCGUGCAUUUUGCAGCAGGGUGGCUGUGUCCAUCCCUGCCUGCCCCAGCAUCCUGGCUGCAGUUUGUUGGUGUCGCUCGGAGCUAUAGGUGCAAACCGCAGCCUUUGACCCUUUCCAAGUAGAGAUAGUCAGGCUGGUGGGUCACACGGUGUUCAAGGUAGGGUUUUCCAGCCUAAAUGGGUCAGUGAUUUGAAAUCAAGGUAGGAGAAAAAAAACAGCUGGGUUUUGUUAGCCACCAGCCUUGUGCUGGACUCCACGCCUGCCUUGCCGGCUCAGAUGUGUGGCGUUGCCCAUCCUUACCCCGGCAGAGGCUGGAAGUGCAGGUGGGAAACUUCAGGUGGGAGCUCUCCCUGCUGCAGGGCUCACUGCUCCGGAGCACGUGGAGGGGUGUGAAACUCGGAGCUUUGCGUUAGAGCUCCUUAUUGCCCAUCUGUGGUGCUGACGGCACCAGCACAGCCCCAUGGCUGAGGUUGGGGUGGGCAGCAGCCCCUCGUUUCGGGAGCCCUCCUCAGCACCUCCAGGGAGUGGCUGUGUAUGGAUGUACCAAAAUAAGCUGUUAAAAGGAAAAAAAAAAACAACACA